CCUUUCUCACCUUACCUCACCUGCAACUCCUCACCUGUACACCUGGACACCUGGACACCAGCUCAAGCUACACCUUGUCUUGACUCACCCAGGAGCUUCGCCUUACCUUUGUAGCUCCUUGAAGCUUCACCCAACAUCGCGAUUCUCUCCGACACGCCUACGACGACCUUCGCGGCCCAUGCCGCUUACCUGUCUCAAGACACCCGGCUGAAGUAACUUAUCCGCCAGGCGAACGAACAAACAUCACAGCUGCCCUCUUUUGGGCCAUGAUCUAGACCUUUCUGUCGGUCCGACGACCCCAGCGUAGCAUACCAAGAUCGACCGGCCAUGUCGCUGAUCCCAUAUCACCCGCGCGAAGGUCGCGAAAUCGUCCUGCGGCACCGCAACGCUAUAGUAGUCCGUGACCCGUCCUCCCAGAGACUCGAGAUCCGUGGCCUGUCCGAAUGCCCGACAUGCCGCCAGCCCUUGCGAUCAUCCUCCCCCGAACGUCAAUUCGACAGCGCUCGCCACCAUGAUUCCUUUGUCGACCCGAAUUACUUUCGCAUGCUCCGUGCCGGCGGCCACGACUCUCGCGCCGACCACCAUCCCCCGCCCAGCCCCAUUCGUCGCAUUGUGCAACCAAGCUUACCCCACCCGCAAGCUGCCGUAAUCGAGGAAGCCGAAGACGCCGAGUUCAUUUCGAGUACACCCUCGGUCCAGGAGGGCAGCCGCAUUCGCCGCGAGGCUUUUAGUCCGAACUAUUUCAAAACCUUCUUCGUCGAGGAGAAGGAGCUUGGGCGCGGCGGCAAGGGUGUGGUGCUGCUCGUCCGCCACGAAAUUGAUGGUUGUCAGCUUGGUCACUUUGCGUGUAAGCGCGUGCCUGUAGGCGACGAUCACGCAUGGUUGGAAAAAGUUCUCAUCGAAGUCGAGCUGCUCGCAAAGCUCUCUCACCCAAACUUGGUCUCUUACCGCCAUGUCUGGCUCGAGGACGUCAAGCUGACACGCUUCGGUCCCAGCGUGGCAUGCGCUUUCAUUCUUCAGCAAUACUGUAAUGGUGGCGACCUGCUCAACUAUAUCAUUGGGGACCAACCUAAGGAAACGACCAAGGAACAGCUCAAAGCUCAGAUGCGACGGAAAUCAAAAGGACAGCUUGAACUGCCCCGCGACCAGUUUGCUUCGCAAAGAUUGCUGUCCUUUGAGGAGAUUUACUCGCUCUUCAAAGACAUCACCUCGGGAUUGGCAUACCUUCAUGCUGCCAAUUACAUUCAUCGGGACCUGAAGCCAAGUAACUGUCUCCUGCAUCGAGAGGGUAGCGGCAUAAUCUGCUUGAUCAGCGACUUUGGCGAGGUUCAAUCUGAGAACAUGGUCCGUAAGUCGACUGGAUCCACCGGAACCAUCUCCUACUGUGCGCCAGAGGUGUUGAGGAGAGACUUGACGACCGGACGUUACGGCAAUUUCACCACAAAGUCUGAUAUCUUUUCUCUCGGCAUGAUUCUCUACUUUAUGUGUUUCGGUCGUCUGCCAUACCGGAGUGCCAACACCAUCAACGAAGAGCUCGAAGAUAUUGAUGAAUUACGAGCGGAGAUUACAGACUGGCAGGGCUUCCAAGACGAACGCAGAGAACGCCCAGAUCUUCCGACAAAGUUGUACCAACUUCUCAAAAAGCUUCUUGCUCUGGAUCCGUUGCAGCGACCUAGCGCGAGCGAAGUUCUAUCAGCUAUGAAAACGGAGUCGACCAUGGAUGGCGUCCCUCGAGGUAGGAGUUCGAGUCCGUCCAUGGGAAUCAACGGACGCCGGAUACAGAGUCUAGACUCCCCAAUGCCGCCAAGCACUCCCGUGCCAGAUCCACAGAAGCAGUCGAGGUUCUCCUCGUCCCAGGAAGGGUACAACAUCCCUAGCAGGGCAGCAGACGGCGGCUCUCCCACUUCGGACAUGCCGGCAGGUCUACGAAGACAGUCCGACUCCAGCUCCCCGAGACUCCGUCCGCAAGCGCAGGUAAUGGUGGCUCAACGCAGCCAGGAUAGCUUUAUCCGCACGACACCCGAGCGAGAUGAAAGUGUGGAUUCCCUGAAGGACGAACCUCUGAGCUCGCCCCCGCUCCUGAUGCCACCCCCUGCUACACCUUUGGAAGCCUUGCGGCACAGACUCAUGAUUAGCCGAUUGCGAGCAGGUCAGGUUGUGCGCUACAAUGCUGGACCUCUACUGGCGGUUGUGCGUCUCGGCUUCUUUUUGAGCAAAAUGCUCAGCCUGACGCGCCCAUGCUGGCCGUACGUAGUUAGCCCAAAUGUCGGGGCGCCAUUGGUGAUUUUGGCUGCUCUUGAUCUUGGACUUGCCGGCGCCGGCACGCGCCCGAUAACGCCAUAUGAGCGAGAAACCGGGAGACGCCUGUCUAACGGACUGCCCUGGGCUUGGGGCUUACGAGGAAGCGUUAUUCUCGCGAUACUCCACCUCAUUGUUCUCUGGGUUGGAGGGCGGUAUAACUCUUUAUGCACAACGGGGCAUGGAACCUGGCAUAUUUGAUUGCGUUGAUUUCAGAUUCGCUAGUGGAGGGUUUCCAUAUCUCUUCUCUGGCUGGUUUCAACUUGGAGUUGCUGCCUGCUGAACAAACCGCAUGCUGAGACUUGGAGUCGAACAUCUUUCAUUAAUGUCUAAACAAAGUCGACGAGUGUUGACUUCCAAAAGCUGGUAAAUGUGCGCUGUAAGGGGUAUUUUCAUGAUACAAGCAUUGUUUUUCCAUAGUUGGAACAGCGGGCGCGUAAGGGCUGGUAAAUCCGUUCUAUCAGGUAGUAUGGGUUAAGAAGAGUUCAUCGGUGGCGAAUGACUCCUUCUUUCAGUCGAAUUGAUAGUUCAGCGAUGGCAUUUCAGAAUAUCAUCAGGGGAGCAAACUACCAUUUCCAAAAAUAAAUAACUAAAGACGUACUUGGAAUGCGAGUGAUCGCCAGAUGGGCACUGCAAUGGUGUCCUUGACCGAAGCAAUUUCC